ACAUUGCACUUGCAAUGCAAUGUAUUGCUAAUGCAACUGGCCACGACUGUGUAAGCACAAUUCAAAUACGACAGUUCUCUAGAGUUAAAGAGUAAUGUCAGUUACCAGAACGUUUGCGGACGUGAAGAAAGUUAUCUUAUCUGCACACAGAAACACAGAAGCUGACGAUAAAGUUGGCUUCUACGACACAUGGGCAGAUAAUUAUGACCAGGAUGUAGGUAUUCUGGACUACCGAGCUCCAAAUCUUGCUGCAAAUUGCCUGUCCUGUAGUUUCCAUGGGGAUCGAGAGGAGGCUGUGGUUUUGGAUGUUGCAUGUGGUACUGGAUUGGUCGCUGCACAGAUGAAGAAGAUGGGCUUUGGUGAUUUUGUGGGUGUUGAUGGGAGCAAAGGCAUGUUGGAGCUGGCGAGUAAUACAGGGCUUUAUCAGGACCUCAAGCACUGCGUGCUCGGAGUGGAGUCAUUGCCUGUCCAGUCAGGUUCGUUUGAUGUAGUUGUGAUUGUCGGAGCUCUGAGUGUUGGUCAGGUACCUGUAGCUGUGGUGAGAGAGCUGUGCCAGGCUGCCAAACCAGGGGGCUAUGUUUGCAUGACAACCAGAGGUAACCACGACAACGUGGAUUACAAGGCAUCCCUGGAGCAUGAGCUGAAUCUCAUGGAAGUGGAGGGGCUCUGGUGUCGGGUGAUGGUCACAGAGGUUGAGAACUGGGAGAGAGCAGUUUCCGAUCAGGAGGAUGGAUACAUACCUGGAGCAGUAUACCUGUAUCAGAGGUCACUAAGGCAACGGAGCACAUCAUCAUCAUCAUCACCAAAGUGACUAUGCAUCUGCAGGACAUAUAAGAAGCUGUUUGUUUGUGCAGGAAACAAUAGUUUUUUGUUGAUUUUGUUGGUGUAAAUCCUCUAUUUAAGUUUCUCCAGACCCCACUACCACAACGUCCUGUUCAAACCCUAGAUUUGCAGUGCUGUCUGACCAAACUGUGGUGGGAAGGUCUGGGGCAGUUGAGACAAUGACAAGGCUAACCAGUCUUGACUGAAAUAUAUGUCUAGACGACUGUUUUUUUUUGUGAAUUUACUGUAAAUGUACCACUAGGUUGCAGUAUUUACCCAGCAGUUAAGAAUAUCUUUGGGUCUUACUCUGAAAAGAGACAAUAUCAGGACAGAAGCAACUGAAAAUCUUGAACAAGCUCAACAGAUACGUCAGUCUUGUUUGCCUGUGACGUUGUUGCUAAAUUUGGACUUUAUCUUGACAGUCUAUUGUCUGAGAUUCUUUAACCUGACAUCAUCCUCCCCCCUCUGCCUGCUCAUGUAGUGAUCUCAUCCCUGUUAGCCAUGACUAAUACACACACACACCCACAAAUACCCAGACCAACAUCAUUCAAUGUCAUGUCAAGAACAUUAUUCCCCCCCCCCCACUCACAAUUCAACUCUCUUCAGACACUAACACAUACAUACUGUUGUCAUACAUACACGGCACACUAAGUCAGUGCCACAUCAAUGUAUUGUAGAUCUUUCAUGGCAUUCUUUGAACAAGAUGGUUCUAGAAGACCUGAACAUUCUAUCCUUGGAGAUGUAGUAAUCUCAUCACCCACAUAUCCUAUGUCAGCCUUCGAAGGACUUUAUAUUGACAUUUGUAUGUUGAUACAUCUUGUUAAGUCUCUCUGUACCUUACAAACAGCUCUGUAUUUAAGUUGAUGUUUUAAUCACGAGUCAUUGUUCUAUUUGUGUCCAAUGUUCAUGUAUUAUACUAUUUUAAUUCAAGAAGUUUUUUGAUUCCUCUCUGAUCAUUAUUUGUUAGUUUACGUAAAAAAAAAAAUCUCUCUAAAAGAGCAUAUUUAAUUUUUCUUAUAUUUUAAAUCUUUGUGUCUGGUCCAGAAAACACACUACACUAUUCUACACCUGGAAAAAUAAAAUGCAGAUGAAAGUAUCACAGAUGUUUCAAUCAACAAAUCCAGGAAAAUCACAUGGUCUGGACUAAGUGAAACUCAAUUUGAAUAAUACACAAACACCUUGUUUCUGUGCUCUCUCACUGCCAGUCUGCCUGAGCUCACUCUCUGUCAAACCGGUUUAUCUGGUGGCUUCCAAGUAUGAAUGGUGACACUGGAUGUAAUGGCUUUUU